AUUCCUUUUCUGCGUAACAUUAAAAUGCUUCUUUUGAACUUUCCAGCAUUUUCAAUUCGAAUUUCAUGAGGCGUGCCGUUCUUAUCUUGUGUUCUCAAUGUCUCCUAUAUUUUUAUUUUGUGCUUUCCAGAAGGGCCAGUACAUAAUUUGCAUCUCUCAAAGACUCCAAAGGAGGCCUAAACAUAAAUUGCACUUCGGCGAGCUGCCGACUCCUGACUCAACUAUUUGCGCUUCCUCUCGAUUGAUCGACAGAGAGAGAACGCGAGCAAGCCCUUCUCAAGAAAUGGCCGCCACCGCGGCGCUGGUUUUUGCGGGGAAGUCGGUCGCGACGCCGGCCAUCUCCUUCAUCGUGAACAAGGCGUUCAGCUACCUCAGCGAGUGGCACCAGGCCGAGGGCAUGGAGGCCGUCAAGGACCGGCUGCUGCUACGGCUCAACGAGAUCCAGGCGGUGUACACCGCCGUCAACCUCGAGCAGAUCGACACGCAGAGCGGCGACGCGCUAGACCAGUGGCUCUGGCGGUUACGGGACGCCGUUGAGGGCGCCGAGGACGUGCUCGACGAGAUAGAGUACCACAAGCUUGAGGAAGACGCUAAAACACGAAACCUUCAAGGUCAGGUGCGCAAUCCAGCCGCAAAUUUUUUGAGAGAAAAUGUUGUUGAUAGGGUGGCCAAGCAUAAUAUUAAAGAAAACAUGGUGACCAAGCUGAGGAAGGCUAUAGAGGAUUUAGAUGGAAUUGCCAAAGGUGUAUUCACAUUCCUCCAGCUUUUAAGCCGUUUUGAUGGGCAUGCCUUGACAGAUCAUGCUGCAAGCAGCGAUCAACAGACUACCUCUGCUCUGGUUGCUAUUGAGAUCUUUGGCCGUGACAAGGAGAAGGACCAGAUCAUGAGGUGGCUGACUGAUAAUUUGGAUGAUGGUUCAAACGCUGGCAGAAUCAGCAGAGUCCCUAUUUUUUCCUCUUUUUUACAAGCACAUGUCCCAGUUUUUUCCACUUUUUUCCAAAAAUAUGUUACCGUCUGUUCCUCAAAAAAGAAAAUGAACAGAGUCCCUGUUCUUGCAAUAGUGGGAAUUGGAGGUAUAGGGAAGACAACCCUUGCUCAGAUUGCGUGCAAAGAGUUGGAAGGUUCACCACACUUUGAUAAAAUUGUGUGGGUGCAUGUGUCUGAUAAUACCUUCAGUGCAACAAGGAUAACAAAAAAGAUCUUGGAGGCAGUUACAAAAGAGAAGCCAAAUGCUGAUACUUUGGAAGCAUUGCAGCAAAUUCUCAAAGAGAAACUCAACCCUAAGAAGUUUUUGCUUAUACUGGAUGAUGUUUGGGAAGAUGGCAAAAGGAGUGAAUGGGAAAUAUUAAUGGCUCCUUUGAAAACUAGCCAGAGCGGAAGCAGGAUCCUGCUGACUACCCGAAUGAGAUCUGUGGCAGAUAUGGUUACAAGUGUGAUGGGAAGUGAAAAGAAAUAUUUGCAUUUAGAUGGACUAGAUGAAGACCAUAAUUUUCUGCUCUUCAAGAAGUGUGCAUUUGAUGAUAUGAAAGCUGAAGACUAUGCAUACCUCCUGCCAGUUGCUGAAAGCAUAGCAAAGCAGUUUCAAGGGUGUCCUUUGGUGACAAAGAUUGCAGGUGGGCAUCUAAAGGAAAACAUAAGUGAACAAUAUUGGGAGAACUUACACACACAGUUGGAACAAUUAGAAGGAAGCUUGGAUGUUAUCAUCACAACUGUUCUUCGAUCAAGCUACCGACAUCUACCUGAAGACUUACAGCUUUGUUUUAGAUACUGUAGCAUAUUUCCAAAAAAUUAUAUGUUUAAGAAGGACGAAUUGGUGAAAAUGUGGCUGGGCUCAGGAUUGAUUCCACAGAUUAAAGGUGGAAUGGAAAGGCCGGAAGACACUGGAGAAAGAUACUUGGUGCAAUUGGCAAGAAAAUCAUUCUUUUCUUUUGUGCCAACAAGAGAUCCUUAUAGCAAACACUACACAGGACAUUAUAUCAUACAUGAUUUGUUGCAUGAUUUGGCACGCAAUGUUUCUGUUGGUGAAUGUCUAAGACUUGACCCUGGUGGUUAUAUGCAUGGCAGUCAUACAAUUAGACACUUAUGGAUUGCAAACUUAAGCAACUUAACACUUGAGGAGAUCAAGGGUAUUUCUUUCUUCAAGAAUUUGCGCACACUUGUCAUAGAAAACUCCAGUGGUAUCGGCAGUGAUCAUAUAUCUGCACUGGAGAGAGUUGUAGAAAACUUGAAGGGCUUGCGGUUAUUGAGCUUAAAAAGGGUACCUAAGUUCUGCUUCGCAAAAGAAGUUCCUAAUAAGCACCUUCGUUAUGUCUCUUUCACUGGGAUGCAGGAAGUACAUGGACUUUCUAAACUCUAUCACUUGCAAGUUCUUACUGCAGAGAAGCGUAUUGCUAUAGCACCAAAAAAAUUGAAGAAGCUUGGAGAUCUUUCUUGUCUGCGAUAUGUAUCCUAUGGUAGUAAUGGAUUUGGUGAGUUCCCAAUUGUUGGACUAACUUCACUUCAGGAAUUGCACAAUUUUCAGAUUCAGGCCAAGGAAGGAUACCAAAUAAGUUCACUCCAAAAUUUAAGCAACCUUUGCAAGUUACAAAUAUGCAACCUUGAGAAUGUUGGGAACCAUGAAGAGGUUAUGGAGGCCAAACUGAAUGAGAAAGCCCAUCUUAGUUCACUAUCGCUUUGGUGGUUUGAGACUAACGGUGCUCCAAAUGAAGAUGACCUGGUUAUUGAGAAACUUGAGCCACAUACUCAUCUUGAAAAACUUGAAAUUGCAGGAUAUAAUGGUGUUCAAUUUCCAAGUUGGAUAAAUCAUCUCUCCCUGAUAAAUAUGGUGUCACUAGAGCUGAGAAGGUGCAGAAAUUGGGUGAACCUCCCAGCUCUUGGAAACCUACGGUUGCUCAAGCAUCUUGUGUUGCAAAACCUUACUAAGUUGAAACAGAUCGGCCAAUCAUCUGAUGUUUCCUUGCCUUCAAAUCUGAAAACUCUGGUUGUGGAAGGUUGCCAGAGUCUGGGGGAGCUGCCACCUCUACCUCCGAGUUUGGAGCAGUUGGAAAUUAAUAAAAGCGGAUUGAGCAUACUUCCAGGAAUGUGUGACCACCAUGACUACACAAUUUGUUCUGAAGGCACGCCACCCAAGCUAGUCUCAGUUAUCAUCAGCAAUUGUUCAAAUUUAAUUUCUCUAGAAGGGAGCUUUCUACUGCAGGAACACUAUGUCCAAUCUCUUCGGAUCCUAAACAUUGUUGAUUGUAAGAAGUUAAUCCAUGCUCCUUUAUUAUUUAAGAAAAUGAUUGAUCUUACAGAAUUUCGUAUUGGUGGCUGUUACUAUUUAAGAAUGUUGGAAAUGGUGCAUGGUGGGCUACUCCCGUACACACUCAAGGAACUCUCCGUGGUGCAGUGUGGUGACCUCCAGGUUCCACUUCUGGAAUCACUGCUUGGUCUGUUUAAUCUUACUUCACUGAGAUUGCACAAUUGCUCCAAGGUGAAGUCCCUUCCAUCAUCUAGUGUGUUCAAGAGUCUCAAGGCACUGCGAGAGAUUUUUGUUACAGACUGUAUGAAUUUGGAAUCCCUGGGUGGGCUUGGAGCCCUUUCAUACCUCACGUGGCUGGAAAUCACGGACUGCGAUAAGCUUCGCAGUGCUUCACAUAUGUCGAAACCCCAGGGUGAAGUGGUGCUGGAUUUCUCCCUACAGGUCUACUCACUCUGGAUCGAAAUCCCAUCUAUGUUAAACCUGGAGCCACUGGGGAGAUUGCGCAACACAAAAAACCUGAUUAUUUCCAUAGCCUGUGACGGCUUAUGUAAAAAAUGGCUACUGCAAAAUAGAACGUCCCUUGAGUCCAUGGAGAUACUGAAACCAGCAACCAUGCUACAACUACAAGACCUUUGCUCUCUCAAGAAAUUGGAGUUCGGUCAAGUUCCUAAUUGCAUGCCGUUUCCCAUAUUGCCCUCCACACUGGAGUCUUUCAUUAUUAGAAGUUAUGAUCCAAAGAAGGAGGAGAGUUGGACAAGGAAAGGGACCUCCAAAUGGGAUAGUAUUUCUCGCAUCCCUCGUGUGAGAAUAGGUACACCCAGAUUUUCUUGA